UCUUCCGCCUGCUCCAUCUCCUCAACAACCCGCCCGAUACUCACGUUACGGUCGUAGAAGUGUUUCUGCUGCACUACAAUUUAAGCACUCUGCUGCACUACAAGCACUCAAGAAAACAAGAUAAAGGUAUCCGUCAGUUCGUGGUCUUCACAUUGCCGAUCCGGGCGGGAAGGGGACCCGUAUCAACAGAUCAUAUAAGUAUAACUAGCCAGGCUGAAGAAUCAAGGACUUUGUACUGAUACAUAUGAACCAGUCCGUAUAAACGGCGAUGGUUGUCGGCUUCCAAUCGUUGAACGAUGAUGUUCUCAUCCUUAUCAUCGCGCUCAUCCCGCGCAGCGACAUGCAAAACCUCGCCUUGACCUCUCGCACCGUGAGCCCCGUCGCCCGGCGGCGCAUCCUCUACUCUCUACGCCUCAAUGCGCCAGUCAAGAAUCUCGAGUUCCACAACUUCAUGCUCGAAGAGGACGACGGACAGCGGAUACAGUACUUGCGCAAGCUCACCAUUAUAUGCUCGAAAUCCCCUUGGCGUCACAAGUCCGCCGACAUCUACUCCCCACUUGCUACCGUCCUCGCGAGGGCACAAAAUUUACGGGCGCUUGUCGUGUCCGAAUUAGAGGAGCAGCUUGCGAUGGAAGGCGGGAGUGUAUUGGGUGAUGCAAUCGCGUCGAUGCGUCGCUUGCGCGAGCUCGAGCUGCGCUGCGUCGCCACGCGGGGUAUGGCGCUUUGUGAGAGACUGGCUUGCAGACCAAGGGUAGUCCGUCUCGAGGCGCUGUCGCCGUUCUCAAUACCAAAUUCUCGUGCCCAAGUACAGCCUGCAACUCUUGUUGGGCUCGAAAUCCUGCGGAACGCGUCGGAGAUCACACUACACAACUUCCAGCUCAGAUGCGACGAGGAGGUACCGCUUCCACAACCACACACCUAUCGAUGGAACCGCGCUCGUACUUUAAGUCUAAAGAACAUGGACCCAGUUGCACUUGCCCCAUUGUGCCAAAACCUCGCGUACCUCCAAAUGGCAUUCUGGCAAGCAAAUGACGCUGGCCGUGGGACAAGAUACGGCGGCGAUUACCAUUACACUCGCACUGCAGAGUUCACAGAUGAUGUCCAUGUUGCCUCGCAGCUGCGCGUCUUGGACAUCUACAUCAAAGUGAACUGGAACUGCGAAAAAUCACAGAUCUACGACACCGUUACCCUCACGGUACGCAUGUCCCUCCCGGUCGUGCUCUCUAUGCAAUUCCACUAUGGCGACACGAUACUGUGGACGGAGCUCGCAGAGCUGUCGGAGCAAGCCGCCGCCCGGCUACGUUACCUCGAUGUCCUCAUGCACGAUGACCAUUCCGGGGCUGCGCAAAUGUGGUUGGACGAAUGUCUCCCUCUAUUCUCCGACAGCGAUCUCCUCUGCAUCCGCCUCAGGCUCGUUGACCAGAUCGACAGAGUCAUCGACUUGAAGGAGUUCGAAUCAAUGGUUGAUGAUGAGAAUGAGUUGGUGAGCGACCAUUGGGAAGACAUACAGAACGAGGCGCCCCAGCCUGUGAUUGCAAAAGCGAUCCCGUCCCUCCGUUAUGUCGCUGUGUCGAGUGGGUACAUGGUCAAGAACGACACAGCACCUGGAGGGUCGAGCUUCCGUGGAGAGGCACAGUGGUGGCGCGUCGUGGGGGACGAUAAAGGCUCAGGG